UCUGAGAGGUCUGUCGGACAAAAAAAAAAAAAAAUCGAAGAAGCAAGAAGAAGAAGAAGAAGAAGAGAACGAACAAUAUAUAUAUAUAUAGAAGAAGUGGAAGAACCGGAUCAGAGUUCGGUAGUAGUGGUAGAAGAGUAAAGAUGUUUAACAUUUUCAAUCGAAAGGAAAAUUCUCCUGAAAUUUCCACUCCAUCGGUGUCUCCGUCGUCCUCUGCGCCGUCCAUGACUGGACCAGCGAGACCGCUUCGACUGGUCUAUUGCGAUGAGAAGGGAAAGUUUCGGAUGGAUCCGGAAGCCGUUGCCACGCUUCAGCUCGUCAAGGGACCGAUCGGGGUUGUUUCCGUCUGUGGCCGUGCUCGCCAAGGAAAAAGCUACAUUCUUAACCAGCUUCUUGGGAGGAGCAGCGGAUUUCAGGUUUCAUCAACUCAUCGGCCAUGUACUAAAGGUCUCUGGUUGUGGAGUGCUCCCAUAAAGAGAACUGCUCUUGAUGGAACAGAGUUCAGUCUCUUACUGUUGGAUAGUGAAGGCAUAGAUGCUUAUGAUCAAACGGGAACAUACAGCACUCAAAUAUUUUCUUUAGCAGUGCUUUUAUCUAGCAUGUUUGUUUAUAACCAGAUGGGUGGCAUAGAUGAGGCUGCAUUGGACCGUCUCUCUCUUGUCACACAAAUGACAAAACAUAUUCGUGUUAGAGCUUCUGGAGGAAGAACUUCAGCUUCUGAACUUGGGCAGUUCUCUCCAAUUUUUGUGUGGCUUCUAAGGGACUUUUAUUUGGAUUUAGUAGAGGAUGAUAGAAGGAUAACACCCCGUGACUAUCUAGAGCUUGCUUUGAGGCCAGUUCAAGGCAGUGGGAAAGACAUAGCUGCAAAGAAUGAGAUUCGUGACUCCAUCCGAGCUCUAUUUCCCGAUAGAGAAUGCUUCACCCUUGUGCGGCCUUUGAACAAUGAAGCUGAGCUCCAACGACUUGAUCAAAUUUCAUUGAGCAAGCUAAGGCCUGAAUUUAAAUCCGGGCUCGAUGCAUUAACAAAGUUUAUCUUUGAAAGAACAAGGCCUAAACAAGUUGGGGCAACCAUAAUGACUGGUCCAAUUCUUGUUGGCAUUACGGAGUCUUAUCUGGAAGCACUUAAUAAGGGUGCAGUGCCAACAAUAUCCUCUUCAUGGCAGAGCGUUGAAGAAGCUGAGUGUCGAAGAGCAUAUGAUUCUGCAGCAGAGGUUUAUAUGUCUUCCUUUGACCGUUCGAAGCCUCCAGAAGAAGAUACACUAAGGGAUGCUCAUGAAGAAGCAGUACAGAAAUCAUUGGCUGCAUUUAAUGCUGCUGCUGUAGGGGUUGGUUCAGUAAGAAAGAAAUAUGAGGGAACUUUGCAGAAAUUUUUCAAAAAGGCUUUUGAGGAUUACAAGAAGAACGCAUAUAUGGAGGCAGAAAUGCAAUGUUCAAAUGCUUUACAAAGCAUGGAAAGGAAGCUUAGAACAGCUUGCAAUGCUACUAAUGCUAAGUUCGACAAUGUUGUGAAGGUCCUUGAUGGUCUUGUAUCAGAGUAUGAAAAAUCAAGUCAUGGUCCAGGAAAAUGGCAGAAGCUAGCUAUGUUCUUACAGAAAAGUUUGGAAGGUCCAAUACUUGAUCUCACCAAGAGAUUAAUUGACCAAGUUGGAUUAGAGAAAAAUACACUUCUGUUAAAAUGCCGGUCAAUCGAAGAUAAGUUGGCGUUACUUAACAAGCAGCUGGAAGCAAGUGAUAAGUCAAAGUCUGAAUAUCUGAAGCGUUAUGAGGAAUCUAUCGGUGAGAAGAAGCAGCUAGCUGAUGAAUAUAUGGCUCGUAUAGCAAACUUACAGAGUAAUUGCAGUUCACUGGGUGAGAGGUACUCUAGCUUGUUGAAGGCACUGGAUACCGCAAAGCAAGAAUCUGUGGACUGGCAAAGAAAAUACGAGCAGAUCUUAUCAAAGCAGAAGGCGGAGGAAGAUCAGGCAAGUUCUGAAAUUGCAGUUCUCAAGUCUAGGAGCAGUGCUGCUGAAGCAAGGCUAGCUGCCGCUAGGGAACAAGCACAGUCAGCUCAGGAGGAGGCAGAGGAGUGGAAGCGGAAGUAUGACAUUGCUUUUAGGGAAGCUAAAGCUGCUCUAGAAAAGGCCGCUGUUGUUCAAGAGCGCACAAGCAAAGAAACACAGAAGAGAGAAGAUGCUCUUAGAGAAGAGUUUGCUAUUACUUUGGCCGAGAAGGAAGAAGAACUGAAGGAUAAGGCAGGGAAGAUUGAAUAUGCUGAGCAGUGCUUGACUACACUAAAAUUAGAAUUGAAGGCUGCUAAAUCAAAAGUAGAUAGUUAUGAUGCUGAAAUUGCAUCAAAGAAGCUGGAAAUCAGACAGUUGAGUGAAAAAUUGGAAACUGCUAGUGCCAAGGCACACUCAUUUGAGAGAGAAAAAAAGAUAUUGGAGCAAGAGAAAAUCCAUUUGGAGCAGAAGUACUUAUCUGAUAGCAAGCGGUUUGACGAAGUCCAGGAAAGGUGUAAAAUUGCAGAAAGAGAAGCUGCGAGGGCAACAGAUAUUGCUGAUAAAGCAAGAGUUCAAUCAGAUGCUGCCCAGAAGGAUAAGAGCGAGAUGCAGAGGUUGGCGAUGGAAAGACUGGCACAAAUUGAGAGGGCUGAAAGGCUUAUAGAGAAUUUACAUAGAGAGAAAAAUGACUUAGCACAUGAAUUAGAGGGCAUUCGUGUAUCAGAGAUGAAAGCUCAUUCAAAAGUUGCUAUGCUGGAGGGAAGAGUCGAAGAAAGGGAGAAAGAAAUAGAGUCGCUUUUGAAAUCAAACAAUGAGCAGAGGGCUAGCACAGUCCAAGUUCUUCAAGAUCUUCUAGACACAGAACGGGCCGCACAUGCUGAUGCAAAUAACAGGGCUGAGGCUCUUUCACUUCAGCUGCAAGCAGCACAAGCAAAACUUGACAAGUUACAGCAAGAAUUGACCUCAGUUCGUAUAACCGAAACAGCACUGGAUAGUAAGCUCAAGACUGCUUCACACGGGAAGCGAAUAAGGGCAGAUGACAAUGAAAUGGGUUUUGAAUCUGUUCAUGACAUGGACACAAGUGAAAGAACUCGAGGAGGAAAUAAGCGAUCCAGAAGCACUACAAGCCCCCUAAAGAACACACAGCCAGAAGAUGGAGGCUCUAUAUUCAAGGGAGAUGAAGAUAAUCAUAGUCAGCAAACCAAUCCAGAAGACUACACAAAAUUCACUGUCCAGAAACUCAAGCAAGAACUCACAAAACAUAAUUUCGGAGCCGAGCUACUUCAGUUGAAGAAUCCCAACAAGAAGGAUAUCCUUGUUCUAUACGAGAAAUGUGUCCUCCAAAAGUCAUGACCUUGUAAAGCAGCAGUACUCAUUCAGAGGUGCCAUUGCGAUAACCUAUUUAGGACUAAAGUUUUCAGAGGGUUUCAUGUGCAAUUGUUCUCACCUUCCUAGUUUAUUGUAGUUUUAGUAGAAAUUUUUUAAAACUAGUGCUGUUUGUUUGCUGACUUCUAGAUUUCAAUAGGUGGCAUAUAUCAAUAUUUUUCUGUUCUUUUUAUUUUUAUUUUUUGGUUUUGGGUGGUUUUUGUGUGAAUUUCUCAUCCAGUAUGUUUGUUGUCAUCGUCCAACAAUGUGAUUUUUUUUAAAGUAGGACCUGUGUGAAGUGACCCAUAGACUGUUAUUUAUAAAACAACGAAUUGAGAAUUUGGGCCAA